AUGGCUUCCUCGAAACUUGCAAUGGAAUAUAUUAAACCACAAGACAAGUCCUUUCGUCAUGUAUCAAACAAAAUAGAAAAUGAUAAGCGAUAUUGGCCAUUCUUUAAAAAUGCCAUUGGAGCAAUUGAUGGCACACAUAUUCCAUGUGUAGUCCCUGCAAGUGAAAAAUCAAAAUAUAUUGGAAGAAAAGGAAUCCCUACGCAAAAUGUAAUGGCUGUGUGUGAUUGGGACAUGUGCUUUACUUUUGUCUUGGCUGGAUGGGAGGGCACUGCACAUGAUGCUCGCAUUUUUCAACAUGCCCUGACAGCUCGAUCCAUGAACUUUCCACACCCGCCUUCAGGUAAAUAUUAUUUGGUGGAUGCUGGUUAUCCAACACCAAAUGGAUAUCUUGGUCCGUAUAGACGGGAACGCUACCAUCUUCCUGAUUUUAGAAGAUCAACUGGAUUUGCAAAUAAUAACGAGGUCUUUAAUUAUUUUCAUUCAAGUUUACGGUGCACAAUAGAAAGAACAUUUGGAGUUUGGAAGAAGAGGUUUGCAAUUUUACGCAACAUGCCUAGCUAUGACUACGAUAUACAAGUUCAAAUCAUUGUUACAUCAAUGGCGAUACAUAAUUUUAUUAGAAGACACUCUAACUCUGACGCUGAUUUUAUGCAUCAUGAGAUGGAAGAUCAGGAAGACUAUGAGGACCAAGAAGACCAUGGCGUUGAUGGAUAUUCAUCCAUGACAUCUUCUUCAUCAGCUAUGACUAGUAUUCGUGAUAUUAUUAGGGACCAACUUGUAUAUUAUCAUCUUUAUUAG